UGAUGGCUCCCUUAGGUGAAGUUGGGAACUAUUUCGGUGUGCAGGAUGCAGUACCCUUUGGGAAUGUGCCCGUUUUGCCGGUGGAUAGUCCGGUUUUGUUAAGUGACCACCUGGGUCAGUCUGAGGCAGGUGGGCUACCCAGGGGGCCUGCGGUCACGGACUUGGACCAUUUAAAGGGGAUCCUCAGGCGGAGGCAGCUAUACUGCAGGACUGGAUUUCAUUUAGAAAUCUUCCCCAAUGGUACUAUCCAGGGAACCAGGCAAGACCACAGCAGAUUUGGUAUACUGGAAUUUAUCAGUAUAGCAGUGGGCUUGGUCAGCAUCCGAGGAGUUGACAGUGGACUUUACCUUGGAAUGAAUGAGAAAGGAGAACUGUAUGGCUCGGAAAAAUUAACCCAGGAGUGUGUAUUCAGAGAGCAAUUUGAAGAAAACUGGUAUAACACAUAUUCAUCAAAUCUAUAUAAACAUGUGGACACUGGAAGACGAUACUACGUUGCGUUAAAUAAAGAUGGGACUCCGAGAGAAGGGACUAGGACUAAACGGCAUCAAAAAUUUACACAUUUUUUACCUAGACCAGUGGACCCUGAGAAAGUACCAGAACUAUAUAAGGAUAUUUUAAGCCAAAGUUGACAAAGACAAUUCCUUCACUUGAGCCCUUAAAAAGUAACCACUAUAAAGGUUUCAUGCGGUGGGUUCUUAUUGAUUAGCUGUGUCAUCACAUCAGCUCCACUGUUGCCAAACUUUGUCGCAUGCAUAAUGUAUGAUGGAGGCUUGGAUGGAACAUGCUGAUUUUGUUCUGCACUUAAAGGUUUGUCCUCCUGGAGGAGAGCCUAUGCCCACUCGCUUGAUUUAGUACGAGAGGGAGAGCGAGAGAGUGAGUGCGAGAGAGAGAGAAAGGGAGAGGAUGAAUGGGAGUGAGAGCGCGAGAGAGAGGAGCCGAGGGGAGGAGGAGGGUGAGGAGGAGGAGGAGGAGGAGGAAGGCCUGAUGCAUGCUGGGGAAUAGACACGCUUUUAAAUUUUUGAUCAGUUGUACUUCGUCAUAUAUCAGCAUAGCUGCCAUACUUCGAUUCAUCAGGAUUUUUGGCUGGUGGCCUGCUCAAGUGUACGCUGCAUUUACAAAGGCAUGGAGGGUGCAGUCUUACUUAAACAAGAGACUUUUCAGUUAAUCGCUCUCUGGGUCUCACCCCACUGAGUUUAAAGCAAAGACCUCUUAGUAAAAAAAAGAAAAAUAAAAAGUUAAAUUUAUUUAUAGAAAUUCCAAAGGCAACAUUUUAUUUAUUUUAUAUAUUUAUUUAUUAUAUAGAGUUUAUUUUUAAUGAAAUAUGUACAGGCCAGAUAGGCAUUUUGGAAGCUUUAGGCUCUGUAAGCAUUGAAAUGGCAAAGGCCACUAUGAACCUGUGGUAAAUUCAUGCAAGUAAAUAUAAAGGUGCAUGGAUAAAAAAAAAAAGCCAACAAUAAAAAGGUAAUAAUAAUAAAUUCUAGUGACCCUCAUGUACUAAAGGCGACAAUCUCUUUUGUGCCCGUAUUAUUGUACAAGUAUGCACACCACUCAUGACACUGAGUCCUCACUCUUCUGACUGCUUGUUUCAUAGCUUACCCCAGAGGAUUAAAGAGAAAACUGGGUCUGCAACUUUUUUUUAUGUGUCUGUAAUAUUUCCUCUCUGAUAAAGUGACUUCUUACAUCGUUGUAAAUUUCACAGCUGUGGAAAAUAUAGGGGUUGGAAUAUAUUCUACUUGUUAAAACCUAUUGCAGAUUAUACCAAAGCUAAAUGAUAAAUAUGCUAUUUUUUUUCCUAAAGAGAAUGCCAGAAACAACAUAAGUAAUACCAACAACAAUUAUAUUAAUUUUAAGGUUCCACAAAGAACACAUAAAUAUUAUUUCAGAGGGCAAGAACCAGGUUAACAGGAUCAUUCUUGUAAACAUGUUUAUUUGUGCACUUGACUUAUGAAAUUAUACAAGUUCCAUAGGGGUCAUUGUAAUACCUUUUAUGGAAAAUUGCUUUCAGUGUGAACUGUCAUAAUACAUGAUAUUAGCACCCUUCCUAAAGUAAAACUUGCAAAAUGAAACUAAUAAAUCUCUAUCGAUAAUGACAAUGAGGGGGACAGUAUUAGACUUAUUUUUAUUGUUUUUCCUAAAGUAUGCUCAAAUAUUCAUGAACCCUAGGUGAGGAAACAGUAUAUAAUAUUUAAGAGUAUGUAGCAUAUUAAGAUAAGCACACACAUUGAUUAGCAGUUACCAUUUGGAAAUUAACCUUCAGGAAGAGGCAUUUUUUUCCCUAAUACUCUGAAGAAAAGGGGGUAAAAAAAAAAGAGACGAACACCUUGUUAAGAUCCAUAUGACAAAUGCAUUUUGUAGUUGUUCUACCCCUUAGGAUUUCAAUCCAGUGCCAUUAAGUUGAGUGUAGCCUUCACCAUUGGAUAUGUUGGGAGCAGGGCUGGUCCUGACACCCUGGCUGUCUGCAUAUGCACGGGGGCUCCUUUGGAGGAGUGAUGUAAAAGGUUGUAGCCUACUUGUAAUUUAGAAAUUUUUGCUCUGCAGCACUCUUGUCCAUCUGAUUUAUAUGAUUUGAAGCUUAUUUCUGUUCUGGAAUGACCUCUGGCUGGGUGUGCUGAACAAACGUUCCCUUUCCGUGCAGAAGCAGGUGGGAGGAGCCGCGUCUCAACCGGCGAUAUCAGUGAUGGCAAACGCAACCACGGCCUUUUGUUGUGAUUGCUCAUGGAGGAUAAAGAGACGUAAAUCACAUUAGUUGAUUGGUAGGGUACCUGUCUAGGGACUGUUAUUGCCUGGGAAUUUACAGCCUUCAGCUGCAGCCCAGGCGUUUGUGUCCCAGCCUUUGGGGCUCGGCUGCUGUGCGUUGGUUGGGUGCCAGAUCAUUGGUGUGGGCGAUGCAGAGACCCUAGGAGAAGAAAAGGCACUCCUGGGCAGGACCAGGGCUCACUGCUCUGUGCUAAAUGCACCAAGCCCACCACGAGGAAGGGAGGUUGCAACUCUCUGCUGUUUCAGUAAAUCUGACAUACACCAGGAAAUUAUUUGCAAAGGUUAAAAUGACUCUGAGUCGAGGCCGCAAUACUAGGCCACAGUUAAAGUCUUAAUGUUAAAUUGACUUGGAUUAUUUUAGUCAUAGGCUAAUCAUUACUACUAGUUAACAUGUUUUAUUUAUUUUUUUUUUGUAUUUUUU